UCGUGAGAAGGCAACAGAUUCAUUCAAGACUGCUGGAGUGUCUUUGGAGGAUGUUGAAGUGUAAAACUAACUGCAUUGAGAGGCCUCUGUCUCUGGCCUUUGAAAAGCUUGGUCGUGUGAUUGGUAGAUAUCCAUGCGUGUUUCUUCUAUUAGCUUUAUUUGUAGCUGCAGCUCUUGGAGCUGGUUUCAUAUUUCUUAAUGAGAGGCAGGCAAAUGAUAUCGAAGACCAGUUCACACCUGUAAAUGGACCUGCCAAGAUGGAGAGGAAGAUUGUAGAGGAAUAUUUCCCUCAAUCUGAAGAAUUUUCUCACCUGCGACUUUCGUCUGAAGGAACUUAUGCAUCUUUGAUCAUUACAGACUUACAGGGAGGAAACAUACUGACUGAAGCAGCUUUUGAUGACAUUAUUGAGCUAGACAGACAUGUCAAAUGUAUUAAGACAGGAAACAAUUUCACAAGCCUUUGUGCCCAAAUAAAUGGAAACUGUAUGACAAAUGCUGUUUUAGACAUCAUAAAUAACCAACCAAAUGAAGUAGUUUCAACAGCUAUUAGUUAUCCCAUACAUAAUGGCACAUUUUUAGGAACAAGUAUCGGUGGUGUUGAGCUAAAGGCAGGAAGCUCAGAGAUAACCAGUGCAAAAGCAAUCAGACUUUUUUAUUUUUUAAAAGAGGAGAAGACAAAGGAGAACUCUGAAUGGCUAGAUGGUUUUCUUAAAUUCUUCUCAAACUACACAGAGAUGAAAGUGGUGCAUGUGUCUUACUUCACAUCAGUAUCAAGACAGGAGGAGUUAGAAGCCAAUUCAGACUCGGUGAUCCCCUUCUUCUCCAUUACCUAUUGCCUGGCUGUUAAUAUUUCAAUUCUUUCUUGUCUGAGGUUAGACUGUGUAAGAACCAAGGUGUGGGUUGCCAUGUCUGGUGUACUCUCUGCUGGUAUGGCUGUUCUUGCCAGUUUUGGAUUGCUGCUCUUCUGUGAAAUGCCUUUUGCCAUGACAGUGGCCACAGCCCCCUUUCUCAUUCUUGGUAUUGGAGUUGAUGAUAUGUUCAUUAUGAUCUCCUGCUGGCAGAAGACAAAAGUUUAUGAUGAAGUUGAGGAUCGCUUAGCAGAAACAUAUAAAGAGGCCGCUGUUUCCAUCACCAUCACCACACUGACAGAUGUGCUCUCUUUCUACAUUGGUCUCUUGACUCCGUUUCGCUCAGUACAGUCUUUCUGCAUGUACACAAGUACAACGAUUCUGUUCUGUUACAUCUUCAACAUCACAUUCUUUGGCGCCUGUCUUGCUCUGAAUGGAAGACGAGAGAAGGGUAAUAAACAUUGGUUGACCUGCAUGGAAGUCCCAAAAGCCAGUGAUGAUGAUGAUGCUACUGGUAAUAUUUGUUGUGUUGGUGGAGCUUAUGAUAAAGAUACUGGCACUGAUUUGGAAAUGCCAAUGGAUUUAUUCUUUAAAAACCAUUACGGGCCUUUUCUGACAAAGACAUGGGUAAAGAUGUUUGUGUGUUUGUUCUAUGCUGGAUAUUUGGCCGUCAGCAUCUACGGAUGCUUCCAAAUUAAGGAGGGACUUGAUCUGAAAAAUUUAGCAGCAGAUGGCUCAUAUGUUGGUAGUUACUAUGGUGAUGAAGAUCAUUUUUUUUCUGCUUAUGGCCCCAAUGUCAUGUUAGUUAUGACUGAUGAAAAUUUUCAGUACUGGAAUUCAACUGCACGACAAAAUCUUGACCUGUGUUUGGAAAAUUUUCAUAAUCUGUCAAUGGUUUCUAAAGAUUCAGACAUUUCACCUAUUUCGUGGUUUCAUGCAUACAUGAACUAUGGAAAGAAUUUAAAUUUAAAUUUAGAUGAUGAAACGCAAUUCAAAAGACAUUUAACUGACUUUCUUGCUGUUUCUGGUUUUAGUCAAGAUGUCAACUUCACUAACAAUGAAAUUUGUGCAUCGCGCAUGUUCAUUCAGACAGUGAACAUCAGCACAGCUGUAGAUGAGAAGGACAUGCUGAAUGCAUUCAGAGAAACAGCAGAACAAUGUGGAAAGGUUCAGACACCCAUUGACCUAACAGUGUACCACCCUGCAUUUAUCUACUUUGACCAAUAUGCUGUCAUUGUCACCAAUACAAUCCAAAAUGUAGUAGCUGCUACAUGUGCAAUGUUAGUGGUUUCACUCCUGUUGAUCCCAAAUCCUCUAUGUUCUCUCUGGGUCACAUUUGCCAUUGCAUCUGUCAUUGUGGGUGUGGCUGGUUUUAUGGCAUUAUGGGAUGUUAGUUUAGACUCAGUAUCUAUGAUUAAUCUUGUUAUUUGCAUUGGAUUUUCGGUGGACUUCUCUGCUCACAUUUCCUAUGCUUUUGUGUCCAGUGAAAAACCCUCAGCAAAUGAAAAAGUCUUAGAUGCCGUCUAUAAACUAGGUUAUCCAAUAUUACAAGGUGCAGUGUCCACUAUUGCAGGUGUAGUUGUGCUUGCAGCCGCAAAAAGCUACAUCUUCAGAACCUUCUUUAAAAUCAUGUUCUUAGUCAUCAUGUUUGGAGCCAUCCAUGGGAUCGUUUUCAUACCUGUGUUUCUUACCUUCUUUGGCAUUUGUGGCCAGAUGUCUUGUACUAAACAAGAAAAGAAUACACUGAGUGAAGUCCAAUCUGAGAACUGCAACAGAAAAAAUCAGCAAGUUGCACCAAUAAUGAUGGCUAGUGCCAAAAUUGAAAAUGAUCGACAGCGUACAAUUCAAUCUCCUGAUAGUGACAGUAAGAAUCAGCAAACAGCAACAGUGAUGAGUCUGACAACACAACUUUGAUUUUGAUUGUUACUGAGUAUAAUUUUCUAUAUAAUGUUACCCAAUGUUCCAUCAUUCUCAGUUUAAGCAAUGUCACAGGAGCAAGAGUGCUAUACUAAAUACAUCAGAAUAACUGUGACUUGUCUGUAAGUAGUCAAAGCCGUGCUGAUAUUCAGUAUAAUGACAUGAUUAUAAAUGAACGAAUGAAUGUUACACUUAUAUAGCGCUUUUCUGACUCUACACUCAAAGUGCUUCACUUAGUGAACAGCGGGUUCUCUUCAACCACCACCAGUGUGCAGCAUCCACCUGUGCUAUAUUGCUUUUAUACAACAAGUUAAUAUUGAGUAACUUAUGAUUGAGACAAAAUCUGGCCAGUUUAAGGUGCUGUAAGCGAUUUUGUUUUUCAUGGAAAAUUAUGCAAAAAUAGUUCCCACUCUCUUAAAGAUAUUAAUGAAAUAGUUGUCCUGAGAUAUCUCACCAGUCUCUGUGACAGCUGUAGACUUUGUGAACAGCAAACAAAAAAGUGUCUGUGGACCGUGGACAUUGAGGAUUUUCACCUGUCAAUCAUUUUGCUCGUUCUCGUUGUGUUGUAGUUGAAGUGGAUCAUUGAGGCUAUGAUUCAUAAUGUUUGUCAGUUAAUGCGCUAUUGUGGCACUGUUGAAUUUGACAGCCACAGGAACAAACGAUACUGCUCUUUUGCUCGGUUUUGGUCUCAAAAUGAUCUUUGGGGGUGGGGUUUUGGAAUGAGGGGCAUGGCUAAUUCAACAGCUCAGUCACAUGAAAGCUUCAGAACGCUAAGAUCGCUUACAGCACCUUUAAGAUGUAUGUUUGUUUUGUUUUGUUGUGCCAGUGAAAAUAAUUUCAAAAGAAGCUUUAUAAGUCACCAAGCAAUGCACAGCCUGGAACACAGUGAACACAGACAAUCAGAGUGAUACAAAUAGCGAAACCCAGUGCAUUUAUACUAAAUAUCAGCACUCCUAGAAAGUUGCUUAUACAAUCAAACUAGAAGAUGAGAACUAACUAUUAAAUAAAGCAUAGCUAUCCUAAAGAUUAACUUUUUUUAACAAUUGGGAUCUCUGUGUUUGUACUGAGCACAUAUUCAGGUUUUUUAUUUUUUAUUUGCCCAAUUAGUAAAUAAAUUUUACUUUGUAAAUACAUUUAAUUAAGAGUUUGAAUAUGUUUUGCGUUUAUAAUCAUCUUCUAUGAAUCUUUCCAGUGAUUAAAGGUGGCCUUUGGCUCCAUGUAAUUUUGUACACCUACCACUUUUCCAGUUUCAACAAACUAAUGUCUGGAUAAUUUUACCUUUAGUUUCUGUGGCAAAUAUUAUUAAAAUACAAAAUAAAAUAUAUUAUCAGAUAUCA